AUGAGCGACGAUGAACCGGACGUCGCGGCGGAGUGGACGUGCGCGAUCUGCCAGGAUGUGUUGCUCGCGCCCGUGGUGACUCCCUGCGGCCACGCGUUCGACGAGCGCUGCCUCCUGUCGUGGACGAAGGACCACGGCACGUGCCCGGUGUGCCGGAGCGAGAUCCCGCGGGCCGGCUACGCGGUCUGCGGCGCGCUCCGCGCGGCGGUCGAGCGCUGCGCGGGCGACGCGGUGUCGCGGCGCCGCGCGUUCCGCGCGGGCGCGGAGGACUUCGUGACGCUCGCGCGGUCGACGGCGCCGGAGACGCCGCGGAAGCUGCGCGCGGAGGCGCUGCGGACGCCGCGGCUCGUCGCCGAGCGGCGCGAGAGCGACGGCGCGACGGCGCUCAUCGCGGCGGCGCGCGCGGGCGCCGCGGACAACGUCGCGCAGCUCCUCCGCCUCGGCGCCGCGGUCGGCGCGCGCGACGGCGCCGGCCGCGACGCGCUCGCGAGCGCCGGCUCGGCGGCGGUCGUCGCGGUCCUCUACGACCGCUACGACGACGCCGCGCGCCGCGCCGCGGUCGCCGCGGUCGUCGCGCGCGUCGCGCGCCGCCACGACCUCGCGGUGGAGGCCCUCGCGGCGCUGCUCGAGCGCGGCGCGCCGAUACCGACGACCGCGUUCGCGUCGCGCGCCGUCUUGCUCGACGUCGACCUGACCGCCGCCUUCCUCGCGCGCCUCGCGUGGCGCGGCGACGGAGCGGAGGGCGCCGGCUUCUACGACGCGCGCGAGCCCGGGCGACGCCACGGCGACGCCGUGCUCGUCACGGCCGUCCAGGAGGGCGCGAGCGCCGAAGUCGUCCGGGCGCUCCUCGACGCGGGAGCGGACCCGCGCGGCCGCGACGACGAGGGCGUGCCGCCGCUCUUCGCCGCGGCGACGUCCGGCUGCGAGCGCAAGCUGCGGGCGAUCCUCGAUGCGGCGGCGCCGCUCUCGAGCGACGACGUCAACGGCCUCCACUGGAACCAGGACACGGAGCGCGUCGAGAGCGCGCUCGCGGCCGCGGUCGCCGCCGACGACGUCCCCGGCGAGGCGCCGACCGUCGAACUCCUCCUCCAGUCCGGCCUCUGCGAUCUCGACGUCGAGGACGACGACGGCGACACGCCACUCCUGCGGGCCGCGGCGCUCAAGCGCGUCGGCGCCGUCGAGGCGCUCCUCGCGGCGCAGCGCUUCGCGAACCUCGACAAGGCGUCCUCGGGCGACGGCUCGACGCCCCUGAUACGGGCGCUCCUCCCGCGCGACGGCGACUCGGACGACGACGGCGACGACGACGCCGCCGAGGCCAUUGUGAAGGCGCUGCUCGAGGCCGGCGCGGAUCCGAAUCUGCACCGGUCCUCCGACCUCGCCUACCCCACGGUCCUCGCCGUCGCACACCGCGCGGACGCUCCGGCGAUCCUCGAGGCGCUCCUCGAGCACGGCGCGCGGCCCGACGCGCCCUCGGGCCAUCUCCUGGCCGACAACCCGGAGCGCGGCAGAGGGUUCCUGUUCGGGGAGCGCAGCCAAAGCGAUCCGUACGCGGGCAAGGACCGCUACUAUCAGCCGCUCGAGCUCGCCGUCCGACACGAGAAGUGGUCGUCGGCCGCGGCGCUCCUCCGCGCGCAGCAUCGCGAGCGCGCGGCGCGCGCGGAAUCCGCGGCCGAGGAAGGCCAUCGCUUCUUCUAUGAGGCUCGCGACGCGCUCGACACGGCUUUAGAGCUGGCCUCUUCUACGAGUGUCACGCUGGCCUUCGCGCAGCAGAUCGUCGAGUUCUGCUUGGAACACGAGCCCGCGGCGCUCGAGCUUCCGAGGCCGUUCCGAAGGUGGUACUCCCGGGAGUCGGCGCUCCACGCGGCCGCGGCCGCGGGCGCGGCGCAAAUCUGCGGCUUGCUGCUGCGCGCGGACGACGGGCGCUGGCGCGAGGCGCGCGAUACCAUCUCGGCGAGCCGCGACGUGCCGGCGACGCCCCUCAUGCUCGCGAUCAUCGACGAGAGCCGGCUCUCGGCGGCGGAGCUCGCGGCCGCGCGCGGCUUUGGCGACGUCGUCGAGACCAUGGUCGCCCGCGCGCCCGAGGCACGCGCGGCCGCGCUCGUCGUCGCCGCCGCUCGGGGCCAGGCGGCCGUCGUCGCGAAGCUCGACGUCGGAACGAGAGCCGGGUGGGACCGUCCUCUAUCGCCGCAAGACGCGGGCGCCUGGCACGAUCCUCUCGCGGCGGCCGCGCCGGACCGCCGCGCGGCCACGUGGUACGAUCCGCGGCGCCUCGACGGCCCGACUCGGCUGCUCGUCGCGGCGGUCGUCGGCGGCGACGUUGCCGUCCUCCGCACGCUGCUCGACGCGGGCCUCCGCGCCGGGCCCGUCCGACCGCCGCCCGAGCGGGCGGGCCCGUCCGCGGUCGUCGAAGCGCCGCCGCCGAAGCGCCGCCGCGCCGCCGCGGCCGCCGCGGAACUCGCGUCGCCGGGGCCGGGCCCGCGGCUCGCGAUGCUCGCGACGCUCCUCGGUCACCACGACUGCCUGCGCGAGCUCCUGGCCCGCGACUGGUGCGCGACCGGCGUCGCGCCCGACGCGCCGCGCCGGCCGGACGGCGCCCCGGGCUUCGGCCCGCUCCACGCGGCCGCGCUCCUCGACGACGCGCGCGCCGCCGACGCGCUCCUCUCGGCCGAGGGCGCGCGCGCCGCCGAGGCCUGCGACGCGCGCGACGCCAAGGGCCUGACGCCGCUGCACUACGCGGCGAUCGGAGGCUUCGAGUUCGUCGCCGACGAAUGCGGCGGCGCCGACAGUCUGCGGCCUUUGGAAUGCUACGACCAGGUCUUCGCCUGGACCGCGCUGCCGGGCGACGACGACGAAUGCGACGUCGCGAACUACGGGAGCGUCGCGCCGCGGCGCGAGGACGGCGCGUCGAGUCUCCCGGUCCUCCGAAGGAUCCUCGACGCGGGAGCGUCGCCCGCGCUCGUCGUCUCUCCCGUCAAUGGCGGCAGGAAGUGGGAUGAUACGUCGAUGCUCGGCUUGACGCCGCUCGAGCUCGCGGUCUACGGCCGCCGCGCGGCGCUCGUCGAGCCGCUCCUCGCGGCCGCGGCGAGCGCCACGAGGCGUCGCGCCCGGCCGCCCGCGGCGUUGACGCGGGCCGUGCGCGCGGUCCGCCGGGAGCGCGGCGGCGGAGACGAGUCCGGCGCCACGGGCGCGCUCGAACUGAUCCGCGCGCAGCUCGCCAGCAGCACUGCGCUCACCCUGGAGCCCCUGCGAAGUCUUACUUACAGGAACUCCCUCGGGUCCUGGAAGGGCGAGUAG